GGGGAGCACCAGCUCCAUGUGGACUUUGUAGAUUUCGAUGACCACAAAACGUUUGCUCAUUACCAGUCCUUCCAGCUCAAGGGAGAAGACGAGAACUACCAGCUUGUACUGGGGGCAUUCCUGGCUGGUUCUGCAGGUGAGGGACUAUCAUUCCACAAUGGAAACCCUUUUUCCACCUAUGACAAGGAUAAUGACAGCGGGACACAGAACUGUGCCAUCACGGUGCCUGGUGCCUGGUGGUAUCUAAACUGUUAUCGUUCCAACCUGAAUGGUGGUUAUCCAAUUAGUAAUCGGAAAGAACAGAGAUAUGGCAUUGACUGGGCAUCUGGCAAUGGAAUCGGUGUCUCCUACAAGAAAACAGAGAUGAAAAUCCAUUAAACAGAUACCGUAUGGAGACUCUGAGAUAGAAAAAUAAAUCAGUAAAUACA